GCCAGGCGGGCCUCGGGCGUGCGGCGGGCCGGGCGGGCCCCAGCCGCGCGGCGACCGCUUCCCGGGCCGCCUCCGCCAGCCGGCCCGCCGCCCUCCCGAUGCUGCUGGUGGACGCCGACCGGCCGGAGCCGGUGCGCAGCGGGGCGCGCGAGCUCGCCGCCUCCCUGACCCCCGAGCCCCGGGCCGAGGCGAAGGAGGUGGAGGAGACCAUCGAGGGGAUGCUCCUGAGGCUGGAAGAAUUUUGCAGCCUGGCUGACAUGAUCAGGAGCGACACUUCGCAGAUCUUGGAGGAGAACAUCCCACUCCUCAAGGCCAAAGUGACAGAAAUGCGUGGCGUCUACGCCAGAGUGGACCGGCUAGAGGCCUUCGUCAGGAUGGUCGGGCGCCACGUGGCCUUCCUGGAGGCGGACGUGCUCCAGGCAGAGCGGGACCACAGGGCCUUCCCGCGUGCCCUGCGGAGGUGGCUGGGGGCCGCCGGGUGCCCCUCCUUCGGGAACAAACCGUCUGCGCCGGCGCCCCUGACGUACGAGCUGCCCGCGCUGUACAGGACCGAGGACCAUUUUCCCGUGGGCGAUGGGGACGGGGACAGGGAGGCCGGGCAUCCAGCCCCGAGCCGCCCUGGGCAGCUGUGAGCUGGAAAGUGACACUGUGCUACGGAGCAGCCCCGGUUUUCUUUCUUUUUCCUGUUGUUGUUUUUGAAUCUCCUCCCUUGCCACACGUCAGGCCACAGUGUUUGGAGCAGAGUCCACCGCGUGGGGCCCAGCCCCAGUGUCGCCUUCCUGGUGUUUAAAGGGGAAGAGGUGGCCCGGUGUGACCGUGGUUGAUGGCGGUGGGGACAUCCCUCCUACACGAGGACUCUGCCUCCGUACUGGGUGGGCUGCGUGCUGAGACCCCAGUGCCCCAGCCCGCAGGGCCGUCCCCAUAAAGGUGUGGAGAGCCGGCCUCUGGUCUGGGUGUGGGGACUGGGAGUGACGGUGUCCUCGCCUGUGCGGAACCUGCUUGUUUUAAGUCCCCGUCUGAGGGCAGGGCACAGUCCUGGCCUUUGUAUUCCCAGCAAGAAAGUGGGUGGGGGUCCCCAGGACUCCUCCAAAGGUGUUGUGGCUUCAUUUCUUCUCAUGUGGAUGAGCUUCCUGCGGUUGUCCUAACACCCCACAUGCCUCACUUGGGCUUCAACCCGUAGUGGCUAUUUCUGGAAUUCCUCUGAGAGCCUGGGAGCCAGGAGCAAACACACACACACACACGCACGCACACACACACACGCACGCACACACUGAACUGCAGACCCACGUUAGAAUUCCAAGGAAAUCUAAAAUAGUGAACCUGGCAAGGUAGCAGUAGAAAAGCAAAAAAGAGUUGGGUUGUGCCCCUUUUAGGACAGGGUUUGCAAUCCAAAGAUAGAGGUAGACCCUUGUUUAUGGGAAGAGCCAGCACGUUGCUGUCAAGGUGAUAGUGGUAACCGUCUAUUGAAGUAUAACUUACGUUACAGAAAGGAGCACCCAAGUGUAUAUUUCACUGAAUUUUCACAAACUGAACGCAUCUGUUUCACCCUCACCCAGACUGAGACCAACUGACCGGCACUGUCAGCACCUGGGACCCCCUCGGGCCCCUUCUGCUCAGUGCCCGGCUCCGGCCUCCUGGCACCCAGCAGUGCAGACGGUGUUGCGGGUUUCUGCACCUUGUAUAAAUAAAGGGUGUAGCUGAGGAGUGUUAGUUCUCAUGGCCGCGCUGUAUUGAUUGAGGCUGGUUUUAAUGAAGGAAGCGUAGACACCCGCCGUGCCCCAGUCUGUUCGGGGAGGGCAUGGAUUCGAUGCAAAGUUAAUUUUUUAGACAAGGAGUUGAGGACACUAAUUUCUGGAAGGCUGAGUACUUAUAGAUUGCUGGAGACGCCCAGGCUUCUUUCUCCUUCCAGGGCCUGAACCAGGGCCCAGGGAGGGGUGGAAGGGAAUGUCAUGAGAUUAAACCACAGCAACGUAAAUGUCCUAAAAUAGAGACACACAGGACCAUGGCUAAGAACACAGGCUCUGACAUCAGCCUGCCUGCGUGGCACCAUCCUCUCCCACACAUCUCAGCUGCUUUGUGACCCUGGGCUUGUUGCUUACCCUCUCUGAGCUCAGCCUCCUCAAUAAAUUGCGAUGACAGCA